AUGUUUUCCUGGAAAUCCUUAUUGCAGCAUCCGGUUACGUGGCAACCAUCUGCGGAUCAGAGGAGAUUAAUUGGUCAUAUGAUUUUGCAUAAAACCGAUGGACCUCAUGGUGGAGAUUUAGGGCUGAAGGUUGUCGGAGGACGACGUUCUGAUACAGGUCGACUCGGUGCAUUCAUAACACGAGUUAAAAGUGGCUCUGUCGCAGAUACCGUUGGACGGUUACGAGCUGGUGAUGAAGUGUUGGAGUGGAAUGGACAUCAACUGCAAAACGCAACAUUCGAUCAAGUUUAUGAGAUCAUAAGCUCAUCGAAGAACGAUAAUCAAGUUGAGCUAAUUGUCUCUCGUUCGGCAAGGUCAGCCGAUUUCUUUCUAUUUUAUCGAUCGGAAUCCUUUGAAAUCAUUUGA